UUUACGAUGCUUCUUAAAAAGGAGUUUGGGCUGCUCCAACUACCCUUGCGAUUAUGAUUAGGCGCAUCCCGAAGACUUAAAUAGACGACCAACGAAGGUUGGUUUAAAAUUUGAUCGAAUAUUUUCCCUCUCAUGGAGCAGAAGCAUUUUGUGCUCGUCCACGGAGCUUGCCAUGGGGCUUGGUGUUGGUUCAAGAUUAAACCACUUCUGGAGGCUGCUGGCCACCGCGUCACACUGCUUGACAUGGCGGCCUCAGGCAUCGAUGGGAGGAGGAUCCAAAACGUGCUCUCCAUGGAAGAGUAUUCUGAGCCUUUGUUGAAGUACUUGGAUCGUCUUCCUCCAAAUGAAAAGGUGAUAUUGGUGGGUCAUAGCCUUGGGGGUUUUAACUUGGCCGUGGCUAUGGAGAAAUACUCCUUCAAGAUAGCUGUUUCUGUUUUUUUGACUGCCUUUGUCCCCGAUACUCAACACAAACCUUCCUAUGUCUUAACUCAGUACAAUGAGAAAACCCCGAAAGAAGCUUGGCUAGACACGAAGUUUGCUCAAUAUGGAACUGAAGCUCAGCCAUCAACAUCAAUGUUUUUCGGACCAAAUUUCUUAGCCAAAAGGCUAUACCAACUCUCCCCUCCUCAGGAUCUAGUUCUGGCCCUCACUCUGCUGCGACCUAGUUCGCUGUUCGUCGAAGACUUAACAAAGAGAAACAAAUUUUCAGACCAAAAAUAUGGGUCCGUCAAGAAAGUAUAUGUAAUUUGUACGGAAGACAUAGGCAUCCCUAAGGAAUUUCAACAAUGGAUGGCAUGUAACGCUGGGAUUGAACAUGUCAUGCAAAUCAACGGCUCUGAUCACAUGCCUAUGUUUUCUAUGCCUUCUCAGCUUCUCCGCUGCCUCCUUCACAUUGCUCUCAACUACGCCUAGCUUACCUAAGCUACCCUCAUUAAACAAUUUUUAGUUUUACCUUAAAUAAAAAUGGCUACUCCCUCUCUCUCUCUUUCUAUUACACCAAAUUGAAUAAUUCAUUAGUACUGUGGUUUUGAUUUAUUUAAUGACUUUCAAUAUAUGGGUUUAAUUUCUUAGCUUU